GCGCGCCCUGACGCACGGAACACCCACACGCCUCCACGCCUUGCUCCUCACGCGCGUCCUCCACGCCCUCUGUGGCCUCUCCCCGGUGUGGAGACCGCGCCUCUCCCUCCACACACCUCCUGACCUCUUACCUCUCACCCGUCAUGGAGUAAGAGGGGACAGAGUGGAGUGCGAUGAGCGUGUGUUGUUUAGUGACCAACUCGGUGUUUACAGUGACCAUAUAUUACAGUGUACAGUGAAACAACAUCCCUGGUACAGUGGCCAUCGGUGUAGACAACCCCUCACUACUAUCCUUAUAAACCUUGGGUUACAGUGUAGUGGAACCAAUGGUACAGUGUAGGGGAGGAGUAUUGGUGCAGUGACAGUUUAUUGAAAAAUGGUCCCUAUCGCAUGGGGCUUCAAGUGACAGUCCAAAAUAUGAAAUCGCAAGAGAUGGGCGUGAUGUGGGCGCUGCUACUGCUGGUGUCAGCCGCCAGCGCCGUCGAUCUGCACUUCCAGAACCCUGACAGCGGGUUCUUCCUGCGGCCGGAAGAGAACGUGUUCUCAGGCUUGGGUCCCGGGGUGGAGACUGAGGGUGGGGUGCUGGACGUGGAGCGUUUCACGGUACUCGACCCUACGCGACCAGCCCUCAUCCGUGCCACCUAUGGCCCCUUCAGCACCAAGCAGACGGUGCCCGCCCGCUAUGUCCUUCCCGAAUUUCCCGACGACGAACCGACCAACGUGACAGAGAUGGAAGGGCUGGGCCAGCACUUGCCCUCCGUGCCCCACCAGCUGGAAGUGUCCGCCCAUCUGGUCAACAAGGAGGUGACUCGUGCCCACCCCGCAGUACGUGUCCUGGUGCACGGUGCUGGGGCUAGAGGUCACCACUCCCCUCACGUCUGUGUCACCGUCAUUACCCGCCGCGGUCCCGACGCUCUCUCCGCCUCAUGUACACCUACGGGAGCUGGCGAAACGGGCGGUGAUGCUACGUGCCUCGUAACCCUGGCCGUACCCGCCCGCUGGUGGCCGCCACACACCCGUGCAACCGUCAAGAUCCCCCGCGUGGCCGUGCAGGUGUCGUACCUGGUGGGGACGGCUCCAGGACCCAGUGAAUGCGCAUCUAGAGACGCCGGGGGCCCUGCCCAGGUCGGCCCCAGAGUGACGGUGCAGCCAGAGACACCUGUAGGGGAGGUGGUGCUGACCCUCGACCCUCACGGCUACAGAGCUGUCCUCCGAUCCCCUGGUGCACGUACUGGUGCCCCGUGCCCCCCUCCACCCCGGCACCACCAUCCACGCCCCUCUCUACCUCCACCCUCCAGGCAACCUUCCGGCCCUCGUCCUCGUUCUCAGACGUAUUACCAAUUCCAGUCACUUAUUCCAGAAAUGUCAUUACCAGUUUUAGACAUGUUCGGUACAAGUGUCACGUCUCCAGAUAUGUCAUUACCAGUUUUAGACAUGUUCGGUACAAGUAUCACGUCUCCAGAUAUGUCAUCACCAGUUUUAGACAUGUUCGGUACAAGUAUCACGUCUCCAGAGCUGUAA